CCCCUCCCGCCGGUAAAAGACACAGGGCGCAAGCGCGGCGCAGUCGUCAUAGCGGAGGGGGUGCAGCUCGGUGCAGAGAGGGUUGGGAUGGCGCAUUACAAGGCCGCGGACUCUAAGCGAGAGCAGUUCCGCCGCUACCUGGAGAAAUCCGGGGUGCUGGACACGCUCACCAAAGUGUUGGUAGCCCUAUAUGAAGAGCCAGAGAAACCAAAUAGUGCACUGGACUUUCUGAAGCAUCAUAUAGGAGCUGCAGCUCCAGAAAAUCCAGAAGUAGAGGCCCUUCGCCUGGAAGUGGCAGAGAUGAAAGAAAAAUAUGAAGCUGUGUUGGAAGAAAACAAAAAACUAAAAGCAAAGCUGUCUCAGUAUGAACCACCUCCAGAAGAGAAGCGUGGUGAAUAGGAAUGCUUUCACCUUUUGGAUACUUACCUGAAUAAAGGGCUUCAUCAGAA